GCACUUGAUUCAGUAUGCCAAGCUAGUAAACACGAGACCACAACACGCAGAAUGACUUUUCAGUCUCAUUACCCUGAGCAGCUACCUUUAAUUUUCUAUACCGCACCUGCCGCAGCAUCCAUCGACAACGACCGAACGAUCAUCAUGGCACCUUCAUGCAUCUCCAGCCAGCCUGCAUCUCUGAGCAAAAUGGACUUGUACACAGACGAAAAACACCCUACAUCAACAUCACCUUCAAAUUGCGAAUGUGCGAAUUCAGCAUCACACCGGACUUGUCAUAAAUCACGUCUCCGUCGCAUACUUGUGCCUGCAUUACUCUCUUUACUAGCAGUGACGGCGCUGUUCUUUGUGGCCUGUGUCAGCGAUUUUGAUGUUUGGGGUGUUCUUGGAAUGGGGUCUGGUGGCCCUCUGGCUAAACGACAGUCCUCCACUAACCAAUCAUCCUUCACGCAAAAUAAACUGUACUUGAUUGUCGUUUUCGUUGGCCUCUUUUUGGUGCUCAUAGCAGGUAUCAUGCUGAGUGCGUGGUGCUGCAGAGGUGCCUUUCAGAAUCCACUGUGUUGCCCGUGUUAUCUUUGCGCAUGUUGUGGCGGACUUGGUAAGAGCUUGGAUUCUGCAAAGAUGUCACCUUUCAUGCUGAUGUUUUUGGCCCAGCCUGUUUGGAAUGCAUUGGUUGUGGGCUAUGCGCUGUGGGUGUUGACGAAAUGCUAUAGGCCAGGCAUAGAAAUAUUUCCGGUAUGGCUGGAAAGCUAAUUCGUGUAUCAUAAACGGCAGUAUCUACACCUGUUCGCUUCGCUGAUACGCUCAGGUUGUGAUCCAUGGACUUUUACCCCAAACAUCUUUUUGGACACUUUCUUGUUUCUGUUUACGACUUCAUGUAUCUUAACGCUCCAGUCAGUGUUCCAGUUAAUGUGGCGCGAGCUUUGAAAUCCUUGAUGUCGAUGGCUUUUUUCUUAAGUUUCACUGACAUAUGUUCCUCUCCACUUAGUCGCAAUCUUGUUGACUCCAAU